AUUGUUGUAGGUUGGUUCAUUACAAAUUUCUUACUUGUUCACGUUAUUACACCUCUAAAACAUUCGUUAAAAGUUUCGCUACAUUAACUGUUAAACUAAUUCUUCAAUAUUUGUCAAUUCAAUUGUCUUUUUCAUUCUGAUUGAUUUUUUUUCUUAUUCAAAAGUAAUGGUGACGCCUAUUGAGAAAUAUACUUUAGGAAAUCCAUGUAAUAAUGGUCAUCUGGACAAAGAUGAUGAUGAAAAUGAUGACGAUGAUGAAAUCAGUUUAAGUUCUGAUGAUGAAAUUAAAUUAAAUAAUGGUUUAGAUAAGAAAAAUUCACAAUCUGUUUGGUUUCGUGCACAAAAACGUAUUGUUGGUCGAGUUCUACAAAAUGAUCAAUCUAUCAAAUCAAUCAUUGGUAAAAGAGCUUAUGAAUCACUUAAAUCUUUACGUUCUUUAAUGAAAUUACAUAUCAAAUCUGAAAAAGAUGUAAAACAAUUAUAUAAAUAUUUAAUUAAAACAAUUGGAAAAAUUGGUGUUAUAUCAAAACAACAAAAUUUAACUGAAGAAGAUUAUACAAAUAUUAAUGAAAUUAAAGAGAAAAGUCGUACAAUUGGUUUAACAUUAAUAAGUUUUGCACAAACUGAAUAUACAUAUAAUUAUAAUUUUAUUAAAGAACAAAUAGAUGAUUGUAAAGAGAUUAUAUGUCAAGCUGUAUCAUUAUAUUUAAGUCAAAAAUCAAUUGAACGUAUUAAACAUGUAUUUAAUGUAUUAAGUUCAAAUGAAUUUCUUGAUUCUGUAUAUGAUCCAAAAGCGGAUGAUAUAAAAAAAGCACAUCUUCGUAAUUUAGCUAAAUAUUUAAGUCUUUUAUUAGAACAAAUUAAAUAGAAUAUUGUUUUUAUUCAAUUUAAUUAUUGAAUAAAUAAAAAUAUAAUAAUAACUAUUGUCCCUUUUUGUGAUCUUAACAUUUAUGAUACUUGUAUACAUUAACUAUUGAAUUAUAUACAUUUACAUAUGGGUAUAGGUGAUGAUUUAUGUAUCUACCUAGGGUUCAGAAUGUUCAGUGACUUCUUUUUUUCUUCUCCCUAUAUUAUUCAUAUACACACUUAUGUCUACCUAAUUGUUAUUUUGUGCAAACAUGCUUAUCUUUCUAUGAAUGAUUAUUCUUAUUCGGAUACCAUGUAUGACAAGUAAUUGUAUGUAUUUUAAUGCUGCAUAGUAUUCAUACUUUGAUUGUAUAUUAUAAAUAAUGAAUAUAUAGUUUAUUCAGUUUUCCCUUCUUUAUACUUUUGAUUAUGAUUGUGUUUGUUUUGUUUUGUUUUUUUUCACUUUCUAAUGAAAAUUACUUAUUAUCUAUACAUGCACAAGAGAAAAUGACACCCAACUUUUGAUAUAAAUUUUAAAUAAAUAAAAAUUUAAAUUGUAGUUUAUUUUGUGUUUAUCUGUUGUUGUUUUUUUGUUUUUAAUGGUUGUGUGCUGGUGGUGGUGGUGGUGGUCGGUAUUGACAAUAUAAUCCUUAAACUUUGUUUAUAGUCCGUCCUGAUAACUGUUACCAGAUAACACCCCGACGAUGUAUUCA